CGACGCCAUAUGUAGAAACAGAAAAAAGGCGGAAAAACUCAAAAGAAAACAUAAAAACUGGACGCUUGCUCAAUGUGCCACAAAGUAAAUGCUAAAUUAUAUUAAUUCAACAUAAUUUCGAAAACAACAAGAAACGAAAACUUUUUAACAAUAUGCCGCGUACAAAGAUACCUAAGAAUUCCAAGAGAAAUCGAGAUGCGGCAAAUCGCGAGGAGAAAAUACGCAUUUACGAAAUGAAAAUGGAUUCCGCUCAAUUGGCCCUGGACGAAAUGGAGAUGCGCUAUAAGGGGAUGGUGGACACAGCAUUACAAUUAAUUGAUUCGCGACUACAAACCGAAUUGCGAAACAUGAAAAUGGGCGAGUUUUUGGGUAUUUUAAGCGAACUGGAGCGCUUUGACGAUUUUAAAGCGAGCGAUCAGACGCAGCUCAUUGCAUCGCAAUCCAUAUGCAGCAAUACAACAACAAGCGGUGCUGUGACAGUUGCCAACAGUCGCAACGAUGAAGGCUACCUUACAGAGGACAGCAGCAUGGGCACCGCCAUUGGCAGCAACAGUGCCUCCCAACUGUCUUCGUACAAUAGCUCUGUGCUGCGCUCAACGCGAGCAAUGCGUACACCUGGUCCAUUGCAUUCAGCGCGUGCGCGACGCGAUCGACGCAGUCGCUCUGCUUGUGGCACCAAGGUGGGUCAUUCUACCGCAAGCAGUGUUGUUGUCACCAGCAGCAGCAGCAACUCGAACUCCAACUUGCAUCGCAACUCACGCAGCAAGAUGCGCACUCCGAUGCGUCCCAAGGCAUUAAGUGCAGAUCGCACAUCGCGCAAGACACGCCCCUCAUCGCCCGGCACACCGCCCUUGUGCUUCCUCCGCUUUCCCAAACCCGGCGAGGUGGCACUCUCCAAGUUCGGCAGUCCCAUUGUGGCUCAGUCAAUGCAGGAUAAAUUCGCCAAUGUCAAUAUUCCCAUACGGAAUGGCGUAUUAUCGCUGCGGCCCAAAAGAAUGGGAGAAGUUCAACCGGAUCUGCUCCAGAAUCUUGAUCCGGACACUUUGAAUCAGAUUAAACAACUGAACGAGAAUCUACAAUUGAUUGUUGAUACGGCCAGCAAGGCAGGAUUCAAAUAGUGUCCGCCCCAUAUCUAUAGAUAUUUGUAACCAUUCAUUAUACAAUUACCCCUAUACAAUAUUCAUAAUCGCUUAGUUUGA